AUGAUAUUUUAUCGGUGCCUGCUGGUUGUUCUGGUUCUCCUAGCCGUCGCAGGUUGGACCACCGGUGAACAGACCGGUUCCGAACAAUCUGGACCAUUGGAUGAAGUCGAGUACAACCCCAAGUGUCGGCCAAUAGAAGAAUUCGACCAAGAUCAACCGCAAGACGCGCGUGUUAAGCGCGAAGAGCCAGUAGCAAAGGAUGCCAACGCGGAAGAAACGGACCGUGAAAUAGUGGCACAACCAGGGUACGUUGUACCUGCUAAUAAACGACGACUUUGCCUCGGUCGUCGACAAAAGUUUACUGAGGGAUGCGGUCCACCAGCGAGGGCAUAUCGCGUAAGGAAUUUCGUAAUGGCGAAGAACCCCAGUAUGAAAAGAAGGAAGUUUCCAAAUCGAAUCGGGCAGUAA